AUUUCUGCAUUUUCCUUCGUAAAAUUUUGCCAAUUUGAAUAUCCCAUUCCCUGUUUAUCGCAUUUCGUUUCGGGUUCAACUGUGCGGCCAUGUCCUCGUCCUCUGCGACGGCCACUACGGUCGACACGCCUGCUUCCUCGCCACCAGCCGACACAAUGUCAGACGACAGCGGUUCCAAAGGCAUGCAAGCCGAAGAAGACCGCAUGCGCGCUCAACGCGAAAAACAGGACAUUGCGCGCGAAACUAAGCUCGAGAAAGAGCGCAAGGCCGACAUUGAGAGCGGGAAAGAGGUUCUGGACAAAAAGUUCCAGCAGCUAGAGUUUCUCAUGAACAAGAGCAAGCUUUAUGCCAAUGUCAUGCUCGCGCAGAUGCAGCGCCAGGAGGAAGUUGAGAAGGAGCAGAAUGAGAAGACGCACGGUCAGGCUUCAAAGCGUGAGAAGGACGCCGAAAAGGCUGCAGCCGAGACGCAGAGGCGCGCAACAAGGGCGUCUGCUACCACUGCUCCCGCCGAUGUGCGGAGUACCAUCUCGCAGAAGAAAGGUCGGGGGCGACCGAAGAAGGGAACGAAGCCUGAUAACAAGAUCUCGAGUUAUUUCAAGCGGGAGCAGUUGGAAGAGAAAGCCGGCGAAUCGAGCUUAUCCGAGGCGAUAGAGGAGGAUACAAAACAAGAUGAUAAAAUCAAGACGGGCGAGAUAGGCAUGCAAGACUUGAGAUCUGCGCGGCAACCGAAGCUUGUGACGGGCGGUAACAUGCGAUCAUACCAGCUGGAAGGCCUAGAAUGGCUGCUGUCGCUUUACGAGAAUGGAAUCAACGGCAUCCUGGCCGAUGAGAUGGGCUUGGGUAAAACCAUCCAGACAAUCGCACUUCUGGCACAUCUGUGGGAGAAGAAAUCGUACGGUCCCUUCUUGAUUGCAGCGCCGCUGAGCACAACGAGCAACUGGGUAGAGGAGUUUCAGAAAUGGUGCCCGACCAUUCCUGUCGUGUUAUAUCACGGCGACAAGACCCAGCGCGCGGAAAUUAGGAAACAAAGGCUCAAAAAUCCGGGCACUGAUGAGUUCCCCGUGGUGGUGACGAGCUACGAAAUUUGUAUGAAUGAUCGCAAAUUCUUGGCGAAUUUUGGCUGGCAAUUUAUCAUCAUCGACGAAGGCCAUCGUAUCAAGAAUCUCGAUUGUCGUCUUAUUCGCGAGCUGCAAUCGUACCAGUCAGCCAACCGAUUGCUCAUCACGGGUACCCCGCUGCAGAAUAACCUUGUAGAGCUGUGGUCUUUGCUCCACUUCCUAUUGCCGACCGUGUUCGACAAGCUGUCUACUUUUGAAAGUUGGUUUGACUUCUCGGGGUUGAAAGAUAAGGCGAGUUUUGAGCAAUUGCUAUCGGAAGAGCGACAACAAUACCUCGUCAAGUCGCUACACGCCAUUAUGAAGCCGUUCCUUCUACGAAGAGUAAAGAUGGACGUUGAGAAUCUGAUGCCGAAGAAGAGGGAAUACGUGCUAUAUGCGCCUCUCACACCCAUGCAGCGAGGCUUAUACCAGGCUAUUCUGGAUGGCACGAGCCGCUCGUAUCUUGAAGAGAAGAUGGUGGAGCGACUUAGUAUCGGCACAACCAGCGGCACAGCUACUCCAUCAAGCACACGCAGCAGCAACGGCAGCCGCAAGCGGAAAACGCUCACAGGUUCUGAUACCCCAAAUAAGAGUGCAAGAACCUCUCGGGAAGCCACUCCCAGACGUGGGCGUGGACGACCGAAGACAAACUAUGAAGAAGUGAGCGAUCGCGAAUUCUUCGCUAAUCUCGAAAAGCAAGGAGAGGCACAGCGAACCGAGGAACAGGAUGACGAAGAGCUCGACUCUGAAGCCGAAGAAGAAAAAGUUCGCGCUGCGACCUACGAAAUCGCAAAGCGACAACUCCUCCAAAAGAAACUAGGAAACCCCAUCAUGCAGCUCCGGCUAUGCUGCAACUCCCCUUACAACUUCUUCAACCCCUUCCUUACUGCCUCGACAUCCGACUCCGAAAUCUUCGCAUCCGAAACCGACCCCGACGAAACCGUCGUCACCACCUCUGGCAAAAUGCUCCUUCUCGACUCUCUCCUCCCAGAACUCUUAUCCCGCGGCCACAAAGUCCUCAUCUUCUCCCAAUUCACAACGACCCUCGAUCUCCUCAGCCAAUACCUCACCCUCCGCGACUGGCCUCACGCCCGUAUCGACGGCUCCAUCGCACAGACCGACCGGCACGCGCAAAUCCGCGCCUUCAACGCCCCACCCUCCUCAUCCUCGUCCAAGAAAUCCCAGCCAACAAACGUCUUCAUCCUCUCGACGCGCGCCGGCGGCCAAGGCAUCAACCUCGCCGCCGCAGACACAGUCAUCCUCUUCGAUUCGGACUGGAACCCGCAGCAGGAUCUCCAAGCCAUGGACCGCGCCCAUCGCAUCGGCCAAACCCGCAACGUCAUCGUCUACCGCUUCGCAACCCGCAACACGGUCGAGCAGAAACUCCUCGAAUCGGCCGAAGCAAAACGCCGCCUGGAAAAACUCGUCAUCCGCAAAGGCGGCGUCGGGUCGACCAACAGCAGCAGUAAAUCGGGCAGAGCGCUCACGGACAAAGAGCACGAGCUCGACGAGCUGCAGCGCUUGCUGAGGCGCGAGGAUGGCGAGAAGUUUGAUGUCGGCGAUGGUGGUGGGGUUAACCUGCUUGGUCCUGAUGAGCUGGAGAUUUUGCUCGAUCGCUCCAAUGAUGCUUAUGAGAGGGCUGAGAAGGGGUUGGAUCGUGGUGGGGAAGGGGGCGUGUUUCAGGCUGUGGGGAAGAGGGAAGAAGGCGCGUUGAUGAGUGGGUUGAAGGCUUGA